AUGCAGUGUUUUGUGUUUUUAUUUUACGUUUAUUUUAUUGUACAUCAAUGCGUUUGUAAUGAGAACAAUUAUAGCAACGUAAAUCAUAUUCAUGAAGGUCAAAUUGGUUCCAAUUGCACUUGGAAUGGACUAAAUGGUACAUGUACCCGUUUGAUUGAUUGUCCAUCAGCGCAAGAUGCAAUUGAUGAUAGACGUUACCCAUCAAUAUGUUCCUUCGAAGGUGUAACGCCUAUAGUAUGCUGCAUCGGUCCAGAAUCUGCACAAAAUAAUAGUAACUCCUCGAAUAUCCCCGAUCGAACUUCGGAACAUAAACCAAGAAGAAAAGCGGAGGAACAAUGUAUGGAAUAUUUAAGAACUUUGUCCUAUACCUGCUCAGACCCUUCCGACUACUUUCGCUAUAGUAGCUACAAUGCAUUAGACGUGGUGACACCAUUUGAAGCACCCGGUACGGAAUCGUCGACAGUAUCCGAAUCUGACGGAUCCACAGAAUAUUACCAGAAUUUACCUGUGAUACCACCCGGCUUCUCUUCUGCUUCUCCAUACGUCGAAAUUCCACAUCAUCAGAAUGUACCUAUACCACCACCUACUGCGGCACCCGAAGAUCAAGAUCCCUAUCACCACGAACAGUAUCGUCCGUACCCUGUUCCACCCAUCGCAUUUGGAGUACCAGCUCAUCGGAACCAGUAUCCACAUAUGGCACUCUUGGGCUACGGAGAAGCGGUAGAAACAGCGCAAUGGCUUUGUGGUGGCUCCAUCAUCAGUAAAAACUUUGUCUUAACUGCUGCACACUGCAUUUCCAGCCCAAGUUUUGGGCCAAUAAAGUACGCAGCGUUCGGUAUCCUCAAGAGGUCGGACCCUCCGAAGUAUUGGCAGACCUACAAUAUCACGAGAGUGAUCCCUCACCCGGAGUACCAGUCUCCUCACAAAUAUCAUGACAUCGCCCUCCUAGAGACCGAGGUUCCGAUUCGCUUCGAUAGUUAUUUUGUGCUACCAGCCUGUCUGUAUGUGAAAGCUGAACCAGAUUUUAAAGCAGAAGCUACUGGUUGGGGUGCCCUCGGUCAUCACCAGGGUCUCGCAGAUGUCUUGCAAACCGUGACUCUUAGAAAGUAUGACACGCAGACCUGCUCCAAGCUGUACCCGAAACACAGACAUUUAGUAAAUGGUUUUGAUGAGGCCACACAAAUGUGCUACGGAGACGACAAUGAUCCUAAAGACACCUGUCAGGGUGACAGUGGAGGACCAUUGCAGGUGAAGGACCAAGAAAAAUGUUUCUACAGAAUCCUCGGUGUCACAUCUUAUGGCAGGCAAUGUGGGCGAACGGCCGGUUCCGGCAUCUACACCAAGGUCUCCCAUUAUCUACCGUGGAUUGAAAGCAUUGUGUGGCCAUAG